AUGCAGAAACAGGAGCUUGAGAAGUGUUUUGCAAAUGUGUGCAAGCAUCAUGAUGUGGAGGUGGUGAAGAAGAAUGGCAGCCCAGCGGAAACAGAGGCUGUGUGCCUCAAUGUGGGCUUCAGGACAGUUGAAAUUCUUGAAGGUAGACUGCUGCUGAAUGGCAGUGAGUUGACCAUUCGUGGAGUGAACAGACACGAGCACCACCCGACGAAAGGACAUGUGGUUGACAGAGAGUCUAUGAUACAGGACAUCCAGAUGAUGAAAGAAAACAAUUUUAAUGCCGUGCGAUGCGCUCACUAUCCGAACGACAUCAUGUUUUAUGAAUUGUGCGAUGAAAUGGGGCUUUAUGUGGUGGACGAAGCAAAUAUUGAGAGCCAUGGAGUAGAUUUUGACUGGUCGAAGACCUUGGGAAACAAGGAGGAGUGGGGAGAGGCGCACCUCGCCCGAGUGCAGCGCUAUGUUGAGCGGGACAAGAAUUUCCCCAGCAUCAUUUUCUGGUCUUUGGGAAAUGAAGCAGGCAACGGAAUCUCGGAAGCACAGGAGCACAAGUGGCUGAAAGGAAGGGAUCCUACACGACCAGUUCAAUACGAACAUGCUCGAAAAGAACCAACAUGGACCACACACAAUUUGGAGACGAUUGACAAGAAUACUGACAUCUAUUGUCCGAUGUACCCAAGCCACUUGAAGUUGGAAAAAUAUGGAGAACUGUACGACAGCGAUGUAAAUGCGCUUCCAUUGAUCAUGGUGGAGUACGCGCACGCAAUGGGCAACACCUUGGGAGCAUUCAGGGAGUACUGGGAUAUGAUCUACAGAUACGGUGUGCUGCAGGGUGGUUUUAUUUGGGACUGGGUCGACCAGGGCUUGGAAACGCAGAAGAAUGGGAAGACGAUUUGGGCAUUUGGCGGUGACUUUGGUGCGAAGGGCACCCCUUCGGACCUGAAUUUCUGCAUCAAUGGCCUUGUGCAGCCUGACCGGACGCCCAGCCCACAUUUGUUCGAGGCGAAGAAGGUAAUGCAGCCCGUGACUUUUCGAGAGGACAUUGAAGCCGGGACGAUUGAAAUCCAAAACCGCUACGACUUCCUUUCCCUGGACCACUUGGAUUUCUUUUGGCAAAUUACUUUGAACGGCUCGGUUGUGGAGAGUGGACAACUGCAAGGCAGCUGGUCAAGUGGGAGGAUAGUCUCGAAGAGGAACAUCAGCACAUGGGUUGAUGCUUCUCUUUGGGAACUAAAGUCCAUUUGCAGAGCGGAGUUUUGUUCAUCGCAGGUAUACAGGCUGAAGCUCAUGGAUCACACACGAUCAACAUGCCAAAGCCUACCAUCAUUCAAGCUUCUUGCAAGCGCUUUUGACAUGCAGGAGCUUGUCAGUUUGUGGGCAGUGCGUACCACUUAG